AUGGCUGCUUACUCCUCUCCCUCCCCAGACCCUCGUUACCCCAGUCCAGGUCAAUCAUCCGGGUAUGACUCAGAGUCAUCCCCCUCCGUUGCUGACGUGGCAGCUGCGGCGCUGUCUGACGUGUCGGAGGAGGAUUUGCGGACGAGAACCCCGGUGAUGGUGGGGAAGCGGGCGCUGAUGGGAGUGGAGGGUAUGGGAAUGUCAGGGUCGCCCGGGUUCCUGUCAGGGUUCAUAGCGUCUCGUCCCAAGAACGACCGCGCUGAGAUGCUGGACCCCAAGUUCUACCUCGAGUCGUUUGACGCUGUGAGGGCGGAGUUGGAGCAGCUACCGAGCGACACGGUGGCGCUGCAGCAGCUGGGCAUGCACAGCGGGCGGCGGCUGCUGCAGCUGGACGUGAUCACGGAGCAGCUGGCCACGCAGGUCAUGAACCACCACCAGAAAAUGGUGCAAGGAAUGCAGCUGGUGGGGGAGCUGGACCGAGAGCUGCGGGUGGUGUCCGUCAUCUGCCGGAAUGCGAGGCGGCAUCUGAACAAGGCGAUGGAGGAGGUGGCGAGCGACCUGGUCGUGGCUGCUAGUGUCAACAAAAAGAAGAUGCUCACUGUGGUGGACGUGGACUGCCUUGAUUCUAUUCCUCCUCUUCCCCCCUCACCAAUCCCUCUCUCCCCCGCCAACCAGAGCAUGCUGCCAGUGCUGAUGCGCAUGCAGCAGGUGGUGGAUGUGAGGGGCCGCAUGGAUGCAUGCAUCGACGAGGGCGACUUCGCCCGCGCGCUGCGCCUCUGCUCGCACUGCCUCGUGCUCAUCGAACAGAACGCUCAGCUGGCUUCGAUACGAGACAUGAACAUCAGCAUUGAGGUGGGUGUGUCGGUGGGAGUUGAGGAGUGUCUUACCUGGGUGGUGGACCAUGUAGAUGCUCUGCUCUUCACUGUCUGCAAGUCCUUCUGUUCCCUUCCCCGUGCCCUAUUGUGUCCUCCGCUCCUCCCUCCAUGCCCCCUCUCCCCAACCCUCAAACAGGAGUGGCUCACCCGGGUGGUGGACCAUGUAGAUGCUCUGCUCUUCACUGUCUGCAAGUCCUUCGACUCGCCUUCUUAUGCAGUCGUGAUUGAUGCGUAUGCAGUGAUGGACGAUGCGGCCACGCUGGCCGACAAGGUGCAGAACUUCUUUGCACAGUCGGUCGUCACCUGCACCUACGACACACUGCUGCAAUUCCUCGAGCAGGCGAUGGGGGAGGAUGACGGGCACAGAAGCAGGCUGGCCUACAGUGAGCUGUGUGUGGAGCUGCCGGACGGCGUGUUCCGUCUGUGUCUGCUGCGUACUCUGGGUGUGCUCUUUGACCUGUUCACAUCACACCACCACAUGAUGACGUGGCGUCACCCCUACGUCAAGCGUCCCAACACCAUGUCAAAGGACCGCCUCCUCCGCAUGGCAGCACCACCUCCUGUGUGUGCCCCUCUGUGCACAUCUCCCUCUGAUUCCCCUUUGUCCCUUCCCCCCUCUCCUCUCCCCAGCGCCCCAACACCGUCAAUGGACCGCUUCCCCCGCAUGGCAGCACCAGACCUCCGCCCCAACACCAUGUCAAUGGACCGCUUGCAUGGCAGCACCGGACCCCGUGUGUGCCCCUCUGUGCACACCCACCCUUUAUUCCCCCCUUUCCCUUCCCCCCUCUCCUCUCCCCAGCGCCCCAACACCAUGUCAAUGGACCGCUUCCCUCGCAUGGCAGCACCGGACCCCAUGUCUUCUGAGGGCGCUGCAGCAGGUGGUGAGGGCAGGGCACCCGGGGAGUUGCGAGAGGGGUUGCAUGCGAGGCGGAGGAGCCAGAGCCUGGUGAUCGAGAUCCCUGGGGGCGGUGAGCAGCUACAGGAGAAAGUUGAGGAGGGGGAUAGUGAGAGGGACAACGGGGCUGAACCAGGGAAGGUGCAAGACGGGGAGAGAAACAGCGGGAGUGAGGGUGCUGGUGGGUCAGACGGGCAGAGAUCAGGUGUGCAGAGGACAGAAGCACAGAGGUCCAGUUCAGAGAGGUCAGAUGCACAGGCGGCGCAGCAGCAGAUGGGGCACGCGCAGUUGCAGCAGCAGAGGCGGCAGGUGAGGCGGUCGUCAAGUGAGGGGCACAACGAGGCAUGGGGCAGCGCGGGUGCUGCUGCUGCUUCUGGUGCUGAGGCUCUGGUGAGAGACGGCCGCCCUCCCAUCCCCUCUGCAGGGCCUUCUGGGACAGAAGCAGCCGGAGGAGGCGGAGGAGGAGGAGGAGGAGGAGGAGGAGGAGGAGGAGGAGGAGGAGGAGGAGGAGGAGGAGGAGGAGGAGGAGGAGGAGGAGGAGGAGGAGGAGGAGGAGGAGGAAGGGGGGGUUUGGGAGAAGGCAUUGCAGCAGCAGCUGUCGCAGCAGCAGCCGCAGCAGCAGCAGGCUUUGGUGGUGGAGACGAUAGAAGCAGAAAUCAGGGUGGCGGAGGGGGAGUGGACAUGGCACUGAGAACAGACGAUGUGAUGAUGAUGGGGAGUGACUUUAGAGAGGGGUCGCUGGCGGACCUGCCGCCCAACGUGGCUCGUAAGAUGCGCGUCAGCACCACGGCUGCCGUCUGCCGCGCGCUGCAGAAGAAUAGGAAGGCCGUAUGGGAGCUGGCGGCGCGCAGGGUGGGUGCGCUGCUCACCGCGCCGGCGCUCUGCUCUGGGUCGUCGCAACAGUUCCUCCAGUGCCUGGAGUGGGUGGACAAGUUCGCAGCAGUGGGAGAGGCGUUCACGGGGGUGGAAGCAGCGGGGCUGAGAACCAAGAUGGUCAAGCAGAGCGAGGUCUACUUCAACACCUUCCACCGCCAGAACCUCAAGGUGCUCAAGAUGAUCCUGGAACGAGAGACGUGGCAGCGCCUACCACCAGAGACCAUCCACACGCUCAGACUCAUCAGCCUCACCACCUCCUCCGCCCCCUCCUCCUCUUCCUCCGCCUCCUCCUUUGUCCUCUCCACCCAGUCGUCCUCCAAUUCUGUAGGGGGUAGGGAGAGUGGGGGAGCAGAGGAUGUGAGUUCGGGUGGUGAGGGAGCGAAGGAGAGGCGGGAUUUCCGGGAGUGGUUGGAACGAGGAAACCCAUUUGCAGCAGUGGAGGCAGGGGAGGAGGAGGCAGCGGAGGGGAGGGAGGGAGGGGAGAGGGCGGAGGGCGGUGAAAGGAGCAGCAGCGGGAGUGGUGGCGGAGGGACGGGGGGCAGGGAAGGAGGAGCAGGAGCUGCAUCUGGUGGCGCUGCAGCGUCAGCAUCAGGGGCAGCAGCAGGGACGAGGGAAGGUGGAGACGGGAGCAGCAGAGGGCAAGCAGGGAACCCACAGGGACGGAUUCUGCCAGGGGGGCGAGCAGAGUCAGACAGAGCGUGCCGAGGAAACCGGAGCCAAGCCCCAGCGAGGGGAGCAGGAGUGAGGGGCAGGGUCAGUGCGGAUGGGGAGGGGGUAGGGGAGGGAGAGGAAGACGAGGACGAGAGGGAGGAGCUUAUGGCGGAUUAUAUAGACGAGGAGGAGGUGGGGGUGUCGGCGGCUGUGCUGGCGGGUAGGGGAAGGCGGAGGUCGGAGGAUGGAGGUGGGGAUGUGGGGGGGAGAGGCGGGCUGGAUACGGGCCUGGCACUCACUGGCGCUGCUCUCACGGUCAUCAGGUGUGUGGCUGCUGGGGUCGGUCUCUUAUCGUCAGGUCUGGGGCUGCACAUGUCCCUCCUUCAGAUAUCAGCAGCUGUGUGUUAUCAUUAUGCUGCUGCUUUCAUGUGCUCCUGUGCUCCUCUUCCCCUGUGGCCGCCCCUCUGUCCCCCUCUCAACCCCUCAGGCUCAUGGACCGCUACACUCGCCUCAUGGGACUUCUGCGGUUGGUUUGACUCGAAAGUCACCCUUGCUGCUUUUGUGUACUUCUCCCUUUUCCCCUGUGACCGCCCCUCUCAACCCCUCAGGCUCAUGGACCGCUACACGCGCCUCAUGGGGCUGCUGCCUCCUAUCGCUUCUGGGAUCUUCGCUCUGUUUGACCUCUACCUCGUGACGGUCUUUCGGCUGUUUGGCAGCCCCGAUGCCGUUAGCACACUGCGCUCCUCCGACCCUGCUGCUGCCGCCCUGCUGACCCCUAAGCUGCGCACCACACUGGCACGUGUCGCGCAGGGAUUGGACGACGCGCGCAACAAGCCCAUCUCGUCCCUCUCCCCCACCGGCACUCCCUCCGUGACUGGCGCAGCGGCAGCAGCAGCGCUGGGAGAAGCAGCUGCCGCGGCUGCAGCAGCAGCAGUGGAGGCGGUGGGGGGGGUGAUUGGCGGUGGGAGCAGCAGUGGCAGCUUGGCAGGGGGCGGUUCAAACAACGUACUGGUCUCUUCUUCAAACAUGUUCGGACUUAAGGAGCGCUGUGUGGCGAUGGAGUCGCUGAUGUGGCUAACGGACAUGCUGCGGCAGACCAAGCCGCGCUUCCAGUCGCUGCUCGCCCCGCCUGCCUGGACCUCCAUGGAUGUCUUCUAUGCGCGCACGCUGGACGCAGUACCAGACCUGUGGGAGCACGUGCUGCGAACCCUCGUCAAGCUGCUGCUCAACAUAGCAGGCACGGCGGACCGCAUCGCUGCUGUCAACUGGGAGCCGGUUGACAUUGGCACACAGCACAACAUCUAUGUGGAGAAUCUGGUAGCCGAGUUCCGCCUUUUCGCCCACCGCUUGGGGCAGUCUGGAGCGCCUCGACAGGUGCAGGACCAGCUGGUGGCAUAUGGCCUGGACGAGCUCUGUGACGUCAUGCUGGAUGGCAUCUGCCGGGUCAAGAAGUGCAACAGCAAUGGCCGUGCCCUCAUGUCCCUUGACCUUCAGGUGCUGGUGCAGGGGUUGCAGCCCAUAGUGGGGCGGGGGGCAGUCAAGGGGCUGCAGCUCGUCGACAACUACAUCAAGGCAUUCUACUUGAGUGAGAGUCAGAUCAUUGACUGGGUGCGAGCACAUCCGGAAUACACGAAAGCGCAGGUGAUAGCAUUGGUGGUGAUGGCUGCUAAUGGCGGCAACUGGAAACUGAAAAACAAGUUUGAGAUUAUUAAGAAGAUUGAUACAGGGAACAGGGACGAGCUGGGGGGGUGUCGUGUCGUCAUCGACUUCCAGUGGAUCAAGUGGUGGAAGGAGCUUCCUACAGUACAAUCUCAGCCGUUCAAUCGGGCAGACGACGGUCCUGUAGACCUCGCGAUGGACGGCGGCGAUCAUCCGGAGGGUCUCAAGGGGGGCUCUCCUCGGAACGAUGCCGCUUCCCCUGACCGCACCUUGAUGCGAAGCGCUCCGCCGUGUUCGGGGGAGGACUCCGCGAGAGCAGACUCCGCGGGAGCAGACUGCGCGGUAGCAGACUCCGCGGUAGCAGACUCCGCGGGUUUUGACGUCGCGCAGCAGCCGCGCGCGCGGGACACUGGGAGACCUGGGCGCGGAGCAGCGCGACGUUGGAGGGGUUGCGGGUAUUUCGAGCUGCUGCCCGACAGCCUGUGCGGCAAGAUCGCGUCGUUCAUCGUGCAUGCCAAAAGCCUCGUCGCCUUCCGCUCCACCUGCUCGUAUCUCCGGCGCGUGGUGCGGGUGGGCGGGGCGCUGGUGUUCCUGGCGGAGGACUUCCCCCACAGGGAGGCGGCGGAGAGGGGCAUCACGCAGGCGCUGCUGCAGGCCACGGCCGCCGUCACCUCGCUCUACGUCGAAGCUCCGCCCGCCUCCGACCCCUUCCAGGAGCUAGCGGUGAUGACGUGGUGCCUGGCGUGCAGGGACUCUCUAGAAGAGCUCACUCUCGUGGACGGCACAGCAGACGCCGCCAUACACCAUGCCCAGGCCCACGCUGCCGCCAUCGCUGCUGCUGCUGCUGCUGCUGCUGCCGCCGCUGCUGCCGGCUCUGCUGCUGCUGCUGCCGCGGCUCCUCCCUCUGCACCUGUAGAUCUGCCAGCAGCAGCUAGAAGAAACGGCACUGAUGCUAGCGCCAGUGCCACCACCAGUGCUCCUGUUGCUGCUGGGUCCAGACAAGGAGAGAGUGAAAGGCAGAGCCAUGGCUUUGAUAACGGCGGUACUAUUGAUCGAAGCAGCAGCGACAGCGCUGACAACGGCGGCAGUGGCAGCGGCGGCGGUGGCGGUGGCGGCAGUGGUGGUAGCAGGGACGGUGCUGCUGCUGCUGCUGCUGGCACUGCCGCAAGGCUCCCCCAACCACCCUACCACGUCAACUUAUCCCGUGCCCACCAGCGGGCAGCAGCAGCGGCAGCGGCAGAGGAAGAUGAAGAAGUGGAGGAGCAACCGCAGGAGUGGAAGCUGGAGCACGCGUCGCGCUGCCGCAACCUGCGCCAGCUGUACCUCGAGAACGCCGUCUUUGACUGCGUCUCCACACUCCACCGCUGCUCGCCCUUCGCCUCUCUCACCCACCUGACCCUCGCUAAAGCAGUGGUGGCGGGGGACAUGGUGGGGGAUUUAUUAGCCUGCUGCCCGCGGCUGCAGGAGCUGACGCUGCUGCUGUGCUCGGGGAUCGGGCCACUGGACCUGAUGCAUGCGCCGUGUGCUGAGUUGAGGAGGUUUGAAGUGAGGCUCAGCAACCGCGCCGCUAGGAAGGAUGCUUGUCUGGAGUUGCUCCGGCUGAACGCUCCCAACCUCGAGGAUUUAGAGCUGGAGGUGGACUGGGCGCCGGAGGGGCGGCUGGAGCACGAGCUGUGGGGCGACAUCCGCAUCGAGUCGGGGCGGCUGAGGCGCAUGUCACUGGAGCUCGCAGCUGGCUUCCAAUUUCAUGCCAACCCCGAUGCUUUUAGCCGCCUGACCGAGCUCAAGGUACGGUCAGGUUCAAGCCUGUUCUUUGGUUCGACUCAAAGGGGCCGGCUGCGGCGCAUGUCUCUGGAGCUGGCUGCUGGCUUGCGGUUUCACGCCAACCCCGAUGCUUUCAGCCGACUCACCGAGCUCAAGCCGCCUCCCAUUGUUCCUGCUUGCCCUCCCUCUCCCUUUCCCCAGCUGACAGGCGAUGACUGGAGUUGGGGCACGGUGCGCGCCAUCCUUGAUCUCUGCGCACUUUCUCUCGAGGAGCUGUCUCUGACUUGCUACAUUGACCCUCUCACAGUUGCCUCCAUUGAUACUGCAACGGCAUUCUUCUCCUCUCUGCCGUCACUGCGGUUCCUGCUGCUCUGCCCCUCCGUCUACUACGUUAUGAUCGCCACACUAGGGGAAACCAAAGCGCCCAGUUCGAAAGAAUUUCACGUGGAGUAUCACGACCACGCUAUGGCCAUCAUUGCAUUCCUCACCGCUAUUCUGCGGGGCACUACUGAACUCAUUCCUCACCGCCUCCACCCCCACCCCAGGCGCCCAGCUUGGAAGGGUUCCAAGUGGAGUAUCACGACCACGCCAUGGCAGUCAUCGCCUUCCUCACCGCACUGCUCCUCUCAAGCAGUUCAACAACUGCAUCAAUCUAAGGCAUCUCUACCUCCUCCCCUCCUCUCCCUCCAGGCGCCCAGCCUGGAAGAGUUCCACAUCGACCUGGAAGAGUUCCACGUGGAGUAUCACGACCACGCCAUGGCAGUCAUCGCCUUCCUCACCGCCCUCCUGCGUGGCAGCCCGCGCCUGCGGUGCAUACAGCCCAUGGUCACGGUGCCUCAGGAACCGGGCACUGACUUGCUGGGGGACAAGGACUUCUGCCAGGCCAUUGCUCGCUUGCAGGCUGAGUUCCCCCGCGUGUCGUUCCCGUCUAUCUGGCAACUGACGUGA